UGCGCUUUGCAACUGCCCCUCCUCACACGUGUGCCGGCUCUUCAGCUCGGGGGGCACCAUGCCGAAGGUGAAGCGCUCGAGGGGCUCCGGCGGGGCGGCGAAGGCGGCGUCCGUUCCGCUGGCCGAGCAGAUCCUCCAGGGCGACUCCGUGAAGCCCGUGACGAGGGUGAAGCGGCGGGGCAAAGCGGGGAAGCAUGGCGGCGGCGAGGACGAGUACGUGGACGAGAAGCUCUCCCGGAGGAUCCUGGAACAGGCUCGGAUCCAGCAAGAGGAGCUGGAGGCCGAGCACGGCGCCGCGGGCGGAGGCGAGCCCGAGAAGGCGAAGACCACCGUCCUGGGACCUGCCUCAAAGGACAGAGAUUCAGAUACAGAUGAUGAUGAGUGGCCAACACUGGAGCAAGCUGCAGCCAUGGGGAAGGGAGAGUACUGUGAUGAGGUAACUGUGAAUCCAGAGGAUGAAAAAGCCAUUGAGAUGUUCAUGAACAAGAAUCCGCCACUGAGGCGCACCUUGGCAGACAUUAUCAUGGAGAAGAUCACUGAGAAGCAGACAGAGGUAGAAACUGUGAUGUCCGAAAUAUCUGGUCGGCCCAUGCCACAGCUUAAUCCCCGUGUCCUGGAAGUCUACAAGGGUGUCAAAGAAGUGCUGUCAAAAUAUAGGAGUGGGAAACUGCCUAAAGCAUUCAAGAUCAUCCCAGCCUUGUCCAACUGGGAGCAGAUCCUGUAUAUCACAGAGCCUGAAACAUGGACAGCAGCUGCCAUGUACCAGGCAACAAGGAUCUUUUCCUCUAACCUCAAAGAGAGGAUGGCCCAGAGGUUCUACAAUCUGGUGCUUCUCCCGCGAGUCAGAGAUGACAUUGCUGAAUAUAAGCGCCUCAACUUCCAUCUUUACAUGGCAUUGAAGAAGGCCUUGUUCAAACCUGGAGCCUGGUUCAAAGGGAUCCUCCUCCCCAUAUGUGAGUCAGGAACAUGCACACUUCGAGAAGCCAUUAUUGUGGGCAGUAUCCUCACCAAGUGCUCCAUCCCUGUCCUUCACUCCGGGGCUGCUAUGCUAAAGAUUGCUGAGAUGGAGUACAGUGGCGCCAAUAGCAUCUUUCUCCGCCUGCUCAUUGACAAGAAGUACGCCUUGCCUUUCCGGGUGGUGGAUGCCCUGGUCUUUCACUUCCUCGCCUUCCGGACGGACCGACGCACCCUGCCUGUCCUCUGGCACCAGUGCCUCCUGACCUUUGCCCAGCGAUACAAAGAGGACCUGUCCUCAGAGCAGAAAGAAGCCCUCUUAGAGCUGCUCAAGUUUCACAGCCACCCCCAGAUCUCUCCAGAGAUCCGCAGGGAGCUAGUGAACUCCAAGUGCCGGGAUGUGGAGGGGAUGCAGCCAGUGGCAAUGGAGUGAACGGAGGAUGGGAAGGGGGACUCCACAGAUUGUGAUCACAGCAGAACUUCUGAGUCAAAGGCAGCUGCUGGUUUGAACUUGAAGCUACAGCACGCUGGCGAACAAAUAGGGUUUGUACCCUCACUGCUUUGAUCCACAGAAGCCUUAUUUAUGCAGGGUUGAAAGUAUUUGCAAGCCCUCUGCCCCCUUUUGACUCAACAUGCAUUCAUGGUGAUUAGAAACCAGCAUCCCUCCCAUGAGAAAUGGGUCCCCC